GGGAGUCGAGAGCGGAGGCCGGCGGAAGACCGAGUUUAAGCGACCACGAGGGCGUCCAAGUUCAGGUCCGGAGCGAUGGCACGAUUGACGUUUCCGAUGGCCGCGCUGGCUGCUGUGCUUCUGAUCGCUGCUGCAUCCUCCACCAGCGCGUUUUGCCCGCCCAAGGUGACCAUAGACUCCGUCACAUACGGCGGCACCGGAUGCAACUGGGAAAACACGAACUACGUGCUUUCGCCGGACUACUCCACCGUCACGUUCAUCUUCGGCGGCAUGGUUGCCACAACCGACGGAGGGCUCGCCAACACGAGGAAGUUCUGCCAGCUCUCCUUCGGGCUGAAGUAUCCUAAGGGCUGGAUUUUCACGCUGGGGAAGGCGACCGGCCGCGGGUUCGCAGCCAUCGGCAAGAACUCGUUGGGAGUCUACGAGUCGAGCUACUACUUCUCCGGACAAACGGGCACGUGCACCAUCAGCCGCAAAUUCUACGGMCCGCAGAGCAAGAGCUUCGAGGCCACGGACAAUUUCCUGACGGUGGUGUGGAGCCAGUGCAACGGCGUUCCCAACCUGAACAUCAAGACGGUGGUCAGGGUGCAAGGCGGCAAGGCCGCAAUGUUCCUCGACUCCCACGACACCAAGUUCCGUCUGGCCUUCGGCAUCCUCUGGAAGAAGUGCUAAGCAGCGAACCACAUCCAUCGUUCAGGGUGACGUCCUCCUGCAGCAGGGCGAGAGGCAAGGACAUUCGUCUUCAAAGCAUCGUCUACUGUGAASUGUCCGAUGGGACUACCGAGGAACGGGUUAAUGCGGCGGAGGGCACGUUGCACCAGCGUUCGGGGAAGGCGAUCUCUGCAAUAACGAGUGCCUUAGUACUGUCAAGGGGCGAUAGGCAGGGCCUUCCACCCUUUUAGUAGUUGUAGAUGGAGCAGGCUAGGCAAGUAUAGACCAAGCAGGGCACACGGCCAUCUCAGUAGCUCAGUUUAUGGUGUUAUGUGCUGUUCGUCACUCUUCGCUGUCAUACGCUUGGUCUGGCUGCUUAAUAUAUUUGCGGACUCGUAGAGCAAUCCAAUUGUCUCGGGUUUGUGCCCUCUCUCUCUCUCUCUCAAUACCCCCCCGCACACACACACACACACACACACACACACACACUGUGGUGACGAAUAUCUCUUAAGGAUGCCCGUUGGAUAGUGCGGAGGAGGUGUGUUUCGUCCUUUUAUCAUGUCACGUUUUGUUGCGUUUUUUUUUUUUUUUUUUGAAAGCUCUUCUCUCCUCAUCGGGGAACAGCCAUAUACCCUUGCAAGCAUAGCUUUCCACCUUGUUUCGGCGGUUUGUUUUGGUAUUUUCGUCGUUUCGUUGUUUUUUUUUGAAAGAAACAAAUAUAAAUUGGCCUU